ACACACGAGCGCACACAUCCCAAAUAGUGGCUAUUUUGCUGCAAAAUAGCCCUUACACCCAUUUUCAUUGCCGCCCAUUUUCUUUGAAUCACUUUCCUCUACACUCAUUGCUGGAGUUGAAUAAGUGGUUUUGGAGAGUGAGAUGGUUGCUAACGCCGAUAACGGAGUGAAGGAGGAUGUCACUAAAAAGGCGGAAUCUCCUGUUUCCGUACUUGCAGAUGAGGAUACAUGCAAAGAGGAGCUUGCUGUCAAAUUGGAGGAUGAAGUAUUUCUUGAUGCAAAAAAUGGGGAUGUCUCUCUUUUAUCUGAAUCCAUGACGAAGGAAGAGGUGAACUUGAUAAAAGCACGUGCAAAGGAGGAAGAAGUAAGUGAGCUCAAAGAGGCCCCAAACUUGAAUGACCUUCAAUUUAAUAAGUUGGAUGAGCUUCUUACACAGACCCAGCUUUACUCAGAGUUCCUGCUGGAGAAGAUGGAUAACAUCACAGUGACUGGAAUGGAAGAUGAGGAGAAAGGUGGUGAAAACAAGAAGAGGGGCCGUGGGACAAAAAGAAGGGCAACCACAAGUUAUAAUAAUAAAAAGGCAAAGAGAGCUGUUGCUGCAAUGCUUUCAAGAUCUAAAGAAGGUGGUUGUGUUGACAAUUCAACCCUCACGGAGGAGGAGAGAGCUGAGAAGGAGCAGGCUGAACUUGUGCCCUUGCUGACUGGUGGAAAGUUGAAGUCUUAUCAACUGAAAGGUGUCAAGUGGUUGAUUUCAUUAUGGCAAAAUGGGUUGAAUGGGAUUCUAGCAGAUCAAAUGGGACUUGGAAAGACCAUUCAAACUAUUUCUUUUCUUGCACAUUUAAAGGGAAAUGGGUUAGAUGGGCCUUAUUUGGUCAUUGCUCCCCUGUCAACUCUUUCAAAUUGGGUGAAUGAGAUAGAAAGGUUCGUCCCAUCCAUUAAUGCAAUCAUCUACCACGGAGACAAGAAACAAAGAGAUGAGAUACGGAGGAAGCAUAUGCCAAGGACCAUAGGUCCCAAAUUUCCCAUUGUAGUUACUUCUUAUGAGAUUGCGAUGAUUGAUGCGAAGAAAUUCUUGAGGCAUUAUAAUUGGAAGUAUCUUGUGGUUGAUGAGGGGCAAAGGUUAAAAAACUCAAAGUGCAAACUGUUGAAGGAACUCAAGCAUUUGCCAGUUGAAAACAAACUUCUAUUAACUGGAACACCUCUGCAGAACAACUUAGCUGAGUUGUGGUCAUUGUUAAAUUUCAUCUUACCAGAUAUAUUUUCAUCCCUAGCAGAAUUUGAGUCAUGGUUUGAUCUAGCUGGGAGGUGUGACAAUGAAGCCCAAAAGGAAGAAAUGGAAGAAAAAAGGAGGACACAAGUUGUUGCGAAACUCCAUGGAAUUUUACGCCCUUUUCUCCUUCGGAGAUUGAAAGUAGAUGUUGAGCAAAUGCUUCCCCGAAAGAAAGAGAUAAUUUUGUAUGCUACCAUGACUGAGCACCAGAAGAAGUUCCAGGACCAUCUAAUUAACAGGACCUUGGAGGGUCAUUUGAUCGAGAACGUGUCCAUCGGGAAUCAUUGUAAAGGAAAGCUCAACAAUUUGAUGAUUCAACUCCGCAAAAAUUGCAAUCACCCUGACCUCUUGGAGUCAGCAUUUGACGGUUCUUUUCGUUAUCCACCUAUAGAACAAAUAGUUGGUCAAUGUGGCAAGUUCCGCUUACUGGACAGACUUUUGUCAGAACUGUUUGCUCGCAAGCACAAAGUUCUCAUAUUCUCUCAGUGGACCAAAAUACUGGACAUAAUGGAUUACUAUUUUAGUGAAAGGGGCUAUGAUGUUUGUAGAAUUGAUGGCAGUGUGAAAUUGGAUGAAAGAAAAAGACAGAUCAAGGAGUUCAAUGAUGUUAACAGUGAGUGCAGGAUAUUUCUGCUGAGCACUAGGGCUGGUGGCCUUGGCAUUAAUCUUACUUCUGCAGACACCUGCAUUUUAUAUGACAGUGACUGGAAUCCGCAAAUGGAUCUACAGGCUAUGGAUCGGUGUCAUAGAAUAGGUCAGACAAAACCUGUUCAUGUUUACAGGCUUGCAACUGCUCUCUCUGUGGAGGGUCGAAUGCUCAAAAGAGCUUUCAGCAAGUUGAAGCUUGAGCAUGUGGUGAUUGGAAAAGGACAGUUUAAGCAAGAAAGAAGUAAAUCUACUGAAGAUACCAUGGAGGAAGAGGACUUGUUAGCGCUUUUGAGAGACAAUGAUAGCGAAGAGGACAAGUUGGUGCAGACAGAUAUUAGUGAUGAAGAUCUACAGAAGGUUUUAGAUCGAAGUGAUUUACUUGCUGGUCCUCCAAGUGAAGAUGUAAGCCCUGAAUCAAGUGUAAAUGUCUUUCCUCUUAAAGGACCCGGUUGGGAUGUUGUCAUUCCAACUGGAAGUGGAGGCAUGCUUUCUACUCUCAAUAGCUGAUAAAAGGGACAUCGGCAUGGUUCAUUUUGCAGAAAUUAGAUGUUUUUGGGAGCUAACCAAUGUUGAUUAAUUUGUAAUCUAUUUUUUGCAAAUUUACGGUCUUGGAGCACCUGGUUGCCCAUUGACGAACCACUGCAAUGUCUUUUUGGUAACAUUAGCACCAGUUUGUAUAUCUUUAUGAUAUUUGCAGAUUAUUAUCUUAAAUUGACGAGUGCUAAGUUUCAUGCGUU